UGCUAACCUUAAAUUAAGAACAACAAGCACAUUUCUGUUUUAAUUUUUACUAUAGCCAAUUAUGACUGUGUGGCUGUGGUAACUUAACAGUAUGGACUCGCCGAUUAUAUCCGUGAAACUGAAACAUUCAAAAUGAAUUGUUUUCCAUUGAAUGCGCUAUUUAAAAAUAAAUUAAUGUUGCUGGUUGUGGCUGCAAACGUUGCCAGUCGGAUAAACGCCUACCUCAAGACACGGGACUGUUAAAGUUUCACUCAAUGUUGAAUAACAAUAAUAUUGUGUCAACAUUUCAACGCUUUGGACUGGAGCGGCCUGAAAAAGAACACAAGAAUAUGGUGUCAUUGAAAUCAUGAACUCAGAAUAAAGACAAGAUUGGACAUCGGUGAGUAAUAUGCUCGGGAGCGGUGGAUGAUGUGCUCGCCUUCUGAGUCUGACCAGUAGGCCGCUCCGUCUGCCUCUCUUACGGCGACUGCGUUGUUUUGGGUCAGCCUCUGGGAUAAGAUCCCAUGUCCAGGGUGGAGGUCCGAACAAAGGAUCCGCUUCGGGAAAGACGUAUUCCUGGUCGCAAUGUUGGAGCAGAUGGCUGACGUGGAGAGGAUCAACAAGGAGACAGGGGAGCUGAGCGCUUCAGGGGAGCUAGCUGCCCCCCUGGAUCUGAAGGAGGGAGGGGGGGGGGGGAGAGGUGGAGGACCCCAGCCCCAUCCCCUACUGGUCCUCCGAGAGAUGCUCCAACAGAUGGAGACACACACACACAAGGAUAGUAUGAACACCUCUGGCCAGAAACACACACACCUCUCCCCUGACCAGACACAUACCAAAAAGGAAACCAUGGACCAGAGCGAGAUAGACACACCCCUCCCCCUCGACCAAAAAGAGGAACACUUGCGCCGAGUCCUGCCUCUCUACAUACAGGUAUGUGAAAGUGGUGGUGGGACAGAGGAGCUGGAUCUGAGGAGUCUAGCUGCUCUGACUGCAGACACUGUGGUCUCCAACAUCCAUGCCAUACUGGCAGAAAAACCUGCAGAGGAGGCUCGCUACGAGGUGCAGCAGUUCUUCCAGAGAAGAGACGAGAUGGACAACACAGACGAUAUAGACAACAGUGAGAUAGACAGCAGGGAGACAGACAGGACAGAGGAGACAGACAGGGGAGAGUCACACAGCCAGACAACACAGACAGACAAUGCAGGAUGGCUUCUGUUGAAGACUCUGUCUUUCCUGACUGCUACAAAUUCUACUGAAUUGAUGUCUGUAGUAAAGCCAGAUCUACCGGCGGCCCUGGUGAAGUGUCUCUACCUGCUAGUGUGUCUACCGUCCCGGAAGGAGAGAGCAACCGUAGAGGAGACCUUUCAAGAACUGCUCAUACAGGUCCUGUUACAGCUGUGCUGUCACCCUUCCAGUGUGGAGGAGAUGGUGGAGACUGAGGAGUUGCAGUGUCUGAUCAUCUCGCUCACAUCACUACACGACCAGACUAGUGCCCCCUGGAGGCACCAGGCAUCACGUGUUCUCAGGGCUGUCUCUGCUGCUAAGACACCCAAUACCGUCCCCUUCCUACAGGCUAAGAACUGUGUACGUAUCUGUAUUCAGAACCUGCAGCGUAUCAGUGAUCGUGCCCCAGCUCCAGUCUUAGCUGAGGUGGCUGUCACAGUGUUCAGCUUCAUCAGAGACUCCUACCAGCUCAACCCUGCUCUGUUCACCGAGCUUGAAAAUAACGAUGGAUACACUGUCUUACAGGCCAUCAUGACCCGGUGUGAGGAGGGUGUGCCUGCGGAGGAGUUUGGUCCAGUAGAGGACCUGUUAUCUCUGCUAGCGUCUUUGUGUCUGUUCGGGAGGUCAGAGCUGAAGGUGGUGCUCUGUGUCACUAACCCUCAGCCACCUGGCUUCAAGUUUGACCCCUCACUCACCACAGGCUCUGCGGUAAGGAACCUAUCAGCGUUCCGUUUGCUCCAGGGUUCCUUCCAGCGGUCAGAGGACUGUGUUUUCUGCAGCCAGAUCCUAAGCACCAUCAGGACUGUGUGGUCAUGGAACAGGGCCAACUUCUUCCUGUUAGAGUGGACUGUUCAAUCACUGGCUCAGCUAGCUCAGUGUGUUUCGAAGAAACCGCCUCCUGUACACAGACUGUUCUUCUCUAUGUUAGAGAUGGUGGCAUUCCAUCUUAAUUACAUCCCCCACGAGGCUGUGCGUGCGGUGCAGGCGGUGCUGAAGCAGAGCUGGGCAGGGGCCGUGGCCGGAGGGGCACAGUUUGGAGUGGCUGCCCUCGGCUGCUUCCACAGGUUGACAGUGCGUAGUGGUCUGCUAGCGGAGGUUCUCAGUGAUGGAGGUCUGUUGGAACUUCUGCUUGGAGAACUACGAAGGAGGGCCAAGAUACUCAGGAAGGCUAGAGGAGCAGGUCCCCAAGAUCAAUCAGCUGUAGAGGACAAUGAGAGAGCUCUCACCACCAGCAUGCUCACAGUAGUGGCUGCCCUCACCCUAUGCUCCAUCAGAAACACAGUGUCAGUCCGUGAACUUGGGAUGGUUCCCUACAUAAAGAUAUUUCUAGAUGAGGAGCAGUACAGAGGACCAACCCUCAGCAUCCUGGAGCAGCUGUCAGAGAUAAACCCUGACGAGUUUAUGUCUACGGCUAUAGGAGCUCUCUGUUCCUCUACACAACAGGAGCUGGGGCUCAAACAAGACCUGCUGCAGUCAGUUUUGAAGGUUCUGGAGAGACCUAACAGUUGGGGGGCGUUUCGACGUGCGCGGGGCUUCACCGGCCUGCUGUCCCUGGUGGUGGACAUGGAGGGGGCUCUGAGUGACCCCACUCAGGGUGGGGUGUGGGGUGCUAAGGGGCAGCAGGGGAUACUAGACCUCCUCUUCCUCACCCUACACACCCUCGCCCUAGCUGUCCACGUACACCCUGUUAACUCACACCAGUUCCAGGCUGAAGGGUUCUACGAGAGGCUGGCUGAAGCCUUACUACGGCUGGGUUGUUUCCAGACUGAGGGCUGGGAGGCAACAGAGAGGAUGGAGGGCCACGCUGGGGGUAUGAUGAGUAGGGGCCUGGGCCAUAGAUGGGGUCAGAGAGAAACAGAGGACAAUCAUUCUCUUGGGAGGAGUUUCCACCAAUUUCUGGAGCUGUGUGAGACCCCAGUGCUCACCUCCCUCUCUUCCACCUCCAAGCCACCCCUGCCUCCCCCUUUACAGACCUGUAUCAGGCUCCUCUCCUACCUGGACCAAUUAGCUACAGGGACCCACGCUGCCCUUGAGAUGACAGCAGGACAUGUGGGAGAGAAGAGAGAGGAGGGGGGAGAUGGAGAGACCCAGGGGGGUGGUGGUGGAGGAGAGAGGCUGCAGACUGUGCCACCAACCCAACAGACUUUACAGACACCAGAGGAUGAACUACCGGGGGGAUCCAGACCUGCAGGCCACAGCGUCGCUGUUGUCUGCUCUGAGACUAACCACAGGUUUACCUGUGACCAGACCAUACUGUAUCCUGGAGCCCUCAGGGUCAUCAUGACUCUCCUGCCUCAUGUCUUUACUGCAGAGGAUCCACAGCUGUCAGUGGAGGUCCAGUACUCAGUAGCCCACCACCUCCAGGUGAUGGUAACAUCAGAGAAGAACCGGCAGAUUGUCUGCAAGGGGGGUUUGGUGUCCACUCUACUAACCCACUGUCGAAGCAUUCUGCUCAGGCCGGACCACCCACUAUACCUGCCUGACACACGCAUCCUGGAGAAAGUCGCCUCACACUCCAUGUCCCACAUAGACCUCAGGCGUUUCCUGUGUCUUUGUGAUCCUCUGAUGUGCCAAGCUAACAAAAGUGCUGCCACCUCUGCUCCAGAAUCCAACACACAAUGCCCCUUUUCUCCCUCCAAUGGCCACAGCCCAGAGAAGGCAGACAGCUUAACAGAUAGUGAGACCACCACUCGCUCCAUCAUGAAGCGCUCUUUUAGCCUGCUGAGCUCCUCUCCUCCUAUUGGCUCUCCUGUCGGCCAGCCCCUCCCCCUGCACCAAAUCAUUAGCCUAGUCUCUAUGACGUCACCAAGGAGCUUCCGACCACACCGAGUCUCCACCUCUCCGGCCUUUGUGGAGUUUGAUAUGACUGAGAGUGGCUAUGGAUGUCUAUUUCUACCAUCCCUGGCUACAGUGAAAGGUGUCAAUGCUGACUCCAUCCCAACAGGGGGGAUAGGAGGAGACUGUCGUGGUUUCCCUCCGGCAGCAGGCCUGUCAUAUUCCUGCUGGUUCCUGAUCAGCAGGUUCAGUUCAGCCUGUGAUUCCCACCCGAUCUGGCUUCUGUCUGUGGUGCGCCAUAUGUCCCGUGCCGAACAGCAGUACGUCUGUCUGUCUGUCUCCAUCUCAGCCAGCGAUGGAUGUUUGGUCAUCUCAACUGAGGAGGAGCCUUUCACCUUCCUGGAUAUGAUGGAGCCAGAGGUGCGGACCCCCAGCCCACUGCCAGGUUCUCUGAGGUUCAAAUGCUCCAGUCAGCUGACCCCAGGUCAGUGGCACCAUCUGGCCAUUGUCAUGGCGAAGGACGUGAAGAAGAGCUGUAAGGUCACGGCCCACCUCAAUGGGAAACUGGUGGGAGCAGCAAAGAUGCUGUACAUCCAACCGUUCCCGGGUCAGUACAUUUCCAUGGAACCCACGGCGGUGAUUGACGUGUGUGCCUUCAUUGGAACGCCGUCUAUAUGGAAACAGCACGCUUCGUUGGUGUGGCGCGUCGGGCCCACCUACCUGUUUGAGGAAGUGCUGAGUCCAGGGGCUGUAGGAGUCAUCUACAACCAGGGAACAGCCUACUUGGGAAACUACCUGGCUCUACGCAACACAGGCUCUGGCCCAGACCCCCUCCCUUUCAGGCUGGUCUCUGAGGAGAGGAUCUCAUUUGGCAUCAACCCGGCUGUAGCAACUUUAACCACGGUAGCAGAGAUACGAGAAAGCUACAACGAGGUGGACUGCCGUCUCAUCGCCAAAGAGAUGGGAAUCACGUCCAGAGAUAACUCCACCCCUGUGUUCCUGUCUCAAAACAUCAGCCACCACCUGACUGGCACUGCACGCACCAUAGGAGCUGCACUGGUUGGACACUUUGGAGUGCGGACAUUCGCUCCCAGCAGCGCAGGGGAUAGCUUUCUGUACCUUGGAGGGCCGGCGGUGAUCCUAAGCAUGGUUGCUAUGGCGGCAGACGAUGGAGCGCUGUACGCAGCAGUGAAAGUUUUGCUGUCUGUGUUGGAGACAAGCCCUGCCAUGGAGCGGGAGAUGACACGCAUCAACGGCUACAAGCUCCUAGCAUUCCUGCUGAAGAUUAAGAGCAGUGUGUUGAGCAGUAGAACCUUUCAGCUGGUGCUGUCUCUGUCUGGUUCAGUGGACCACCUGGGAUCUGGAGCCGCUUGUCUACACAACAGACCCGCCUUCAAUGCUCUGCUCUGUGACCUGGAGGUGUGGAAGAACACUGCGGAAAGUCUGGACCUGUCAGUUCUCAAUCACUUUUCUGAAAUUCUGACAUCAUCAAGUGGUGACCAUGGUAAUGCAAAGGUCAUGCAUAACCUGGGUCUGGUGCCUAAACUGCUCUUCCUAUUGGCUGACCCCAUGGUGACCCCCAGGAAAGUAAAGGUUGCCACCUGUAUCAUCACUUGCCUGCUUAGAGGACACUUCACCUCCACCGACAUACGCAGACUUGGCCUCUUCCUGGUGUACACCGUGCCUCCCCCAAGUGUGAGUGAAAGCUCUGGACUCUCUGACUCUCUUGAUGAGGAAACCAAAGCUCAAAGUUUUAGUCCAGCCAGACUAGUGUGGGUCCGUAAUCAACUGCUGUCUUCUCUCUGUGACCUCAUCAGCUCAGACAGUCUUCUCAAUGCAGAUGAGCAGAAAGAGCUGAUCCAGACACUGGGCAGUGAUUGGUUCCUGCUGUUCCUGCAGCCCCGCCUCCACUCUUCCACCCUGUGCCUAGGGCUCCGCCUACUCACACUUCUCCUGGCCAAUCAGAGCGAGCGGAACAGCUUCAGAGAGGGCGUGUUCCCGGGAACCCUAGUAGAGAGCCUGGAUGAACCCUCUGUUGUCAUAGACAACCUGAGAGCUUAUGAGUGGUCCUAUGAGUGUCAGAGUGUCACCUGCGCAGGCUUCGACGUGCUGCAAAGGCUUCUGGUCCGCCAGCCUCACCUGCCUCAGGUGUACGGAGCACUGGCCGCUCUACUGCUGGGGAAGAGAGGAGGAGAAAUGCCUGACGGACAGCUGGAUCUGGAUGAAUUUCUGCAGGCAGUGAUUGACAGCACAGAGUACACAAACUCUGCUCCCUUACAGCUGUGUUCCAAGUCUGCAGCCAUGCUACUGGAGCUGGUCAAGGCCAUCAUCACAAAGCGGUCAUCUGCCGCUGAUGCAUCUUGGGAGUUGCAGUUUCCCGGCAGUGUUAUGCAGUUCCUCUGUCUGGUACAUAAUCACCGCCCCCGAGACCCACUAUGGACGUCUCCAGAGUUUCUACACACGCUCGCCAGCACUGUGUUUCCCCCUGAGAGUGAAGAGGAGGUGUGUCAGCCAACCAGGAAGCAGGUGUGUGACUUCAUCCGUAUCCUCUUAAUGGACAGCCUGCUCAACGUGCCUGCCAAAGAACACACACACCCCCUACUGCUGCUACUGGAGUAUUCCCCAGAAGGAGCAUCGUUGGAGCGGAGACAGGUCUUCCAAACUGAAUUGCUUGAGUUCUUCAUGGAAAUCAUCCACAUGACCAGCCAGGAGAACACACACCUCACCACACAGGAGUCAAACUCCCAGAGUCCUGAGGGGCAGAUGGCCACACUGAUGGAGAACAUGGUGCUUUUCAGUCAGAAGUUUCUGGAGAAACUCUACAGCGGCAUGUUUCUGGUUGAGCCAGAGAACCUGCUCACCUUCCUAGCAGACCAGAUAGUGGUGGUGAUGGAGAAGGGCCUAUCACAGAAAGAGAACACAGUUUCCUCCCUCUACACCAGCACCAACCGAGCCCUGCUCUACUUCCUUUCCCGCCCACAACACACACAGGCCGAACAGGAUGCUGUCAUCAGGACGCUGCAGGUGGUCAUGGCGCGCUGGGACGUAGUCAUGGCAACCUACAAUGCCAACGUGAACUUUAUUACCUGCCUGCUGCACUGUCUACUGUUGAUACGAUCUGGCAGCUACCCAGAAGGCUUUGGGUUUGAAAGUCACAAGAAACACCAGCGGAGAAUCCUGUCUCAUCUGUUCCCUCUCAAGACCAGCCAAACUACCACACUCAGCCAAGUACCCGAUUCAGACACAGAGCUGAUGUCCCAAGUAGAGUCUGUGUGGUCUAAGAUCCUUACUGAGAGACGCACCAUUCUAGAAGACACCUAUAAGAUUGAGCUUUCAGCUAAUCAGACGCAGAGGAUGGGACCUGUCAGCAUGAGUGACAUCAGCCCUUUGUGGGAAGAGACAGCACUCAAGGUGUGGCAGUUAUACACAGGCAAUGUGAAGAGGAAGCUGACUAGCACCAUCCAGAGGAAAGAUAGUGUAAUCAGCUCUGCUAUUCGCUCUGUCCACAAACGACUGGGGAGAGAAACUGGCACUGUGGAGGAGUUCCUGUCUUGUAUGGAGGCCCAUUUGAAGAGAGGUCAGGAGAUGUUUGAGAAGCUGAGGAAGAACCACACACAGCUGUGUGAUAAUGAGUGGGAGCGGUUGGGGACUAUGUGGCUGUGUGUGGAGGAGGAGCUGCUAAGGGAGAGGGGUGUGUUCGGCCCGGGGCCGGGGGUGGUGCUGACACGAGGCUGGGUCCAGGAUGCAGCUGAAGGCCCCAACCGCACCAGGCCUCGCAUCCGCAGGAGAGCCCAGCGACACUCCAAACGGUUGGCAGAUAUGUGUGUGAGAAAUGGUCUGCCAGAGGAGAGCAAAGGAAGGACAGAGACUGACUCAGAGUCAAGGAUCCUGUUUGAGCCAGGGACAGAGGAAGAGGAGGAUGGUGGAGAGGACUGUAACCGCCUAACCUUUUUCCCUGUCCUGACUGAGACUACUGCACCUCUCACUGAGCUCUUCGCCCCAGCGUCCACCACCCCUGAGCCCUGCUCACAUACACACACCUGCAGCCACACACACACCAUACUACAGGAGCUGGAGCCUGAGGAAGAGGUUAAAGCGAAGGUGUGUGUGGUGGUGGUCAGUGGGCUGUCUGUAACAGAGGGGCUGCUGUUGUUUGGGACAGACAGUCUGUACAUGUGUGAGGGCUUCACCCUAAGCCCCGCAGGAGACGUCUGCUGUAGAAAACACCACCCCACUGGUGUGCGUGAUGCGUUCGUUUCCAGUAUGUUGACUAAAGACAUAUCUUCAUCCAGCCCCAGCUGCAAACGAUGGCCCUACCAGGACAUAAGAGAUGUCCGCUUUAUGCGUUUCCUUCUAGAGGAAAAUGCGCUGGAGAUCUUUAUGCAGAACGGAUACUCUACUUUCCUGGUUUUCUUCAACAAAGACCAUGUGUCUGCUUUUAAAAGGCUGUGUUCAGUGGUGCCAGCAUUGAUAGGUAGAGGGGUUGCUGAGGUCAUAACUAAUGCCAGGAAGACUCCAGUGAUAGAGAAGACUACUCAGGUGAAAUGGCAGCGUGGGGAUAUUAGUAAUUUUGAGUACCUGAUGCAUUUAAACACUCUGGCUGGUAGAACCUAUAGUGACCUCAUGCAGUACCCCGUCUUCCCCUGGGUCCUAGCUGACUACAAGUCGGAGACCCUGGAUCUGACCAAACCGGCGACAUUUCGUGACCUCUCGAAACCAAUGGGAGCCCAGACAGAGAAGAGGAGAGACAUGUUUAUUCAGAGAUUUAAUGAAGUGGAAAAUAGUGAAGGUGACCUGGCAGUGAGGUGUCACUACUGUACCCACUAUUCUUCAGCCAUCAUCGUGUCUUCCUUCCUCGUUCGGAUGGAACCCUUCUCACACACCUUUCUGACCCUACAGGGAGGGUAUGACAUAGCAGAGAGGAUGUUCCAUAGUGUGAAGAAGGACUGGGACUCCGCCUCCAGAGACAACAUGAGCGAUGUCAGAGAGCUGAUCCCAGAGUUCUACUACCUACCUGACUUCCUGGUUAACACAAACCACUUCAAACUAGGCUGUAUGCAGGACGGUACCACUCUAGGGGACGUUGUCCUCCCUCCCUGGGCUAAGGGAGACCCCCGGGAGUUCAUCAGAGUUCACCGAGAGGCUCUGGAGAGUGAGUAUGUUAGCUCCCACCUCCACCUGUGGAUCGACCUGAUCUUUGGGCACUGCCAGCAGGGACCAGCCGCUGUAGAGUCCCUCAACACAUUCCACCCCUACUUCUACGCCCAGAGAGGGAAAGGGACAAGGGGGCAGGAUGCACUCAGAGACCCCCUUAUCAAGAGUACCAUCCAGGGAUACGUCAAUAACUUUGGACAGGUUCCCAAACAGCUGUUCAACAAGCCCCACCCUCCUCGUGCCGGCUCAAAAAAGGAGGGAUCAGCAACCGCUCAGCCAACCCCCUUUUUCUUCAGACUGGACAAGCUCAAACCCUCCAUUCAACCAUUCAAAGAGCUCCUUCGUGGUCCAGUAGGCCAGGUGGUUUGUGUGGACAAAGAGGUUUUGGUCGUAGAGAAGAACAGACUACUGAUCCCUCCUCUGUGGAAUGUCUACUUCUCCUGGGGCUUCCCUGAUAACUCCUGCUCCUUCGGACACUACACCACUGAGAAAACCUUUGCUGUAUGUGAGAGUAUGUGUGACUGGGGGAAGAUGCUGUGUGCAGCGUGUCCCAACCAAGCUACCAUAGUCACUGCUGGGAUCAGCUCAGUGGUGUGUGUGUGGGAUGUUUCCAUCAGCAAGGACAAACUCACUCACAUGAAACUCAGACAGGCGUUGUAUGGUCAUACCGAUGCAGUAACGUGUCUGGCGGUGUCUGAGGUUCAUGGAAUGAUAGCCAGCGGUUCGCGUGACCUCACCUGUAUACUGUGGGACCUUGAGGAACUCAACUACAUCACUCAGCUACCUGGACACAAGGCUAGCAUCACAGCACUUGCUAUCAAUGACCUCACGGGUGAGAUAGCAUCGUGUGCAGGGCCGGUCCUGUACCUGUGGAGUAUGAAGGGUCAGUUACUCACCUGGCUCGACACAUCCUGUGGCUCUGAUGUCACUUCCUGCAGCUCAGAUGGGGACAUCCUGUCUGUCUGCUUCACUCAGAGACACGAGUGGGAUCCACGAAACGUUAUAGUCACUGGCUGUGCUGACGGGAUAGUGAGGAUCUGGAGGACAGAGUACACUAGAACAUCACCUGAUCCUCCACAGCAGCCCACAUCCCCAGGACAGGAUCAGUCUGCAAUGACCAUAGACGGAAUGUCGGGUCCGAGUCAGAGCUGGGAGAGACACCUGGUGUUGUGUCGGCCACUAAACAGGAGUGAAGCAGUGUCCAGACGGCGCUACAAAAACAACCCUGCAGUCACUGCUCUAGCCAUGUCCAGGACACAUGCUACUCUGCUGGUUGGAGAUUGCUGGGGUAGAGUCUUCACCUGGACCUGUGAGUGAUGGGGAAGGAGCAGUUGGGUGUAUCUGUUUGUGUGUGGGUGCCUGCGUGCAUGCAUGGGUGUGGUGUGUGUGCAUGUGCGUGCAUGGGUGGGUGCGUGCGUGAGUUCCAUACAACCAACAAUACACCAAAACCCAGCCUACACUUCAGGAACCUCUUAUUCCACUGCACAUGUGCACUCUCACCAGCCCCUGCCUCACCUCCAGACCGACCACCACACUCCAAUCGUAGAGAGAUGUUCUCUCUCUCAAAGUCUCCAGGCACAGGGAGGAAAUGGAGAGAGGGAGGAUCAGGAUUUUCUUUUUGAGUGUUUACAAACUAUUUACACUGGACCUUAUUACAAGAUUAACACAUGACAUGGAAGGAACAGAUCAAUGAAUCAUGUGGUUUCAACCUAUAUACAGAUCGUACAUUUCAAUGUACUUUAUAGUAGUAACUUUUAGGUAUUUUGUUGAUGAAGCCCGAUUAUUUAAUUGUGAAUGUAUCUGUUUACAGUGCAUUCGGGAAUUAUUCCGACCCCUUCACUUAUUCUACAAUGGAUUAAAUUUAAAAAGUCUCAAGAAUCUGCACACAAUACCCAAUAAGGACAAAGCGAAAGCAGGUUUUUAUAUAUUUGUUCAAAUAUAUUAUUUAUCUAUUUACAUAAGCAUUCAGACCCUUUGCUAUGACACUCAAAAUUGAGCUCAGUUUCAUCCUGUUACCAUUGAUCAUCCUUGAGAUGUUUCUACAACUUGAUUGGGUCCACCUGUGGUAAUUCAAUUUGUUUCUACAACUUGAUUGAGACCAGCUGUGGUAAAUGUAUGCAUGUCAGAGCAAAAACCAAGCCACAAGGUCAAAGGAAUUGUCCGUAGAGCUCCGAGACAGGAUUGUCUGGGGAAGUGUACCAAAAAAUGUCUGCAGCAUUAAAGGUCCCCAAGAACACUGUGGCCUCCAUCAUUCUUAAAUGGAAGAAGUUUGGAACCACCAAGAUUCUUCCUAUAGCUGGCCUCCCGGCUCUGACAGAGCUUCAGAAUUCCUCUGGGAGAACCUUCGUGAAGGACAACCAUCUCUGCAGCACUCCACCAAUCAAAUCAAAUGUAUUUAUAUAGCCCUUGUUACAUCAGCUGUUACUUCAGCUGAUAUCUCAAAGUGCUGUACAGAAACCCAGCCUAAAACCCCAAACAGCAAGCAAUGCAGGUGUAGAAACACGGUGGCUUGGAAAAACUCCCUAGAAAGGCCAGAAUCUAGGAAGAAACCUAGAGAGGAACCAGGCUAUGAGGGGUGGCCAGUCCUCUUCUGGCUGUGCCGGGUGGAGAUAACAGAACAUAGCCCAGAUGUUCAUAAAUGACCAGCAUGGUCAAAUAAUAAUAAUUACAGUAGUUGUCGAGGGUGCAGCAAGUCAGCACCUCAGGAGUAAAUGUCAGUUGGCUUUUCAUAGCCGAUCAUUAGGAGUAUCUCUACCGCUCCUGCUGUCUCCAGAAAGUUGAAAACAGCAGGUCUGGGACAGGUAGCACGUCCGGUGAACAGGUCAGGGUUCCAUAGCCGCAGGCAGAACAGUUGAAACUGGAGCAGCAGCAUAGCCAGGUGGACUGGGGGCAGCAAGGAGUCAUCAUGCCAGGUAGUCCUGAGGCAUGGUCCUAGGGCUCAGGUCCUCCGAGAGAGAGAAAGAAAGAGAGAAAGAGAGAUUUAGAGAGAGCAUACUUAAAUUCACACAGUACACCGGAUAAAACAGGAGAAGUACUCCAGAUAUAACAAACUGAACCUAGCCCCGACACAUAAACUACUGCAGCAUAAAUACUGGAGGCUGAAACAGGAGGGGUCAGGAGACACUGUGGCCCCAUCCGAUGAUACCACCGGACAGGGCCAAACAGGAAGGAUAUAACCCCACCCACUUUGCCAAAGCACAGCCCCCACAUCACUAGAGGGAUUAUCGUCAACCACCAACUUACCAUCCUGAGACAAGGCCGAGUAUAGCCCACAAAGAUCUCCGCCACAGCACAAUCAAAGGGGGGGGGGGGCGCCAACCCAGACAGGAAGAUCACGUCAGUGACUCAACCUACUCAAGUGACGCACCCCUCCUAGGGACGGCAUGAAAGAGCACCAGUAAGCCAGUGACUCAGCCCCUGUAAUAGGGUUAGAGGCAGAUAAUCCCAGUGGAGAAAGGGGAACCGGUCAGGCACAGACAGCAAGGGCGGUUCAUUGCUCCAGAGUCUUUCCGUUCCCCUUCACACUCCUGGGCCAGACUACACUCAAUCAUAUGACCCACUGUAGAGAUGAGUCUUCAGUACAGACUUAAAGGUUGAGUCUGCGUCUCUCACAUGGGUAGGUAGACCAUUCCAUAAAAAUGGAGCUCCAUAGGAGAAAGCCCUGCCUCCAGCUGUUUGCUUAGAAAUUCUAGGGACAAUUAGGGGGCCUGCAUCUUGUGACUGUAGCGUACAUGCAGGUAUGUACGGCAGGACCAAAUCAGAAAGAUAGGUAGGGGCAAGCCCAUGUAAUGCUUUGUAGGUUAGCAGUAAAACCUUGAAAUCAGCCCUUGCCUUAACAGGAAGACAGUGUAGGGAGGCUAGCACUGGAGUAAUAUGAUCAAAUAUUUUGGUUCUAGUCAGUAUUAUAGCAGCCGUAUUUAGCACUAACUGAAGUUUAUUUAGUGCUUUAUCUGGGUAGCCGGAAAGUAAAGCAUUGCAGUAGUCUAACCUAGAAGUAACAAAAGCACGGAUACAUUUUUUCUGCAUCAUUUUUGGACAGAAAGUUUCUGAUUUUUGCAAUCUUACAUAGAUGGAAAAAAAUCUGUCCUUGAAACAGUCUUGAUAUGUUCGUCAAAGGAGAGAUUAGUGUCCAGAGUAACGCCGAGGACCUUUACAGUUUUAUUUGAGACGACUGUACAACCAUCAAGAUUAAUUGUCAGAUUCAACAGAAGAUCUCUUUGUUUCUUGGGACCUAAAACAAGCAUCUCUGUUUUGUCCAAGUUUAAAAGUAGAAAGUUUGCAGCCAUCCACUUCCUUAUGUCUGAAACACAAUUUUGGGGCUUCACCAUGUUUCACCAUGUUUACAGUUGAUUUGUCAGAGGACAAACCAUUCACAGAGACAAAUUGACAAACUGACAACUUUCCGACAGAUAAGAUCUAAACCAGGCCAGAACCAAUCAGGCCUUUAUGGUGGAGUGGCCAGACGGAAGCCACUCCUCAGUAAAAGGCACAUGACAGCCCACUUGGAGUUUGCCAAAAGGCACCUAAAGGACUCUGACCAUGAGAAACAAGAUUCUCUGGUCUGAUAAGACAGAGAUUUAAAUAUUUGGCAUGAAUGCCAAGAGUCACAUCUGGAGGAAACCUGGCACCAUCCCGACAGUGAUGCAUGGUGGUGGCAGCAUCAUGCUGUGGGGAUGUUUUUCAGUGGUAUGGACUGGGAAAUUGGUCAGAAGAGACUAGUCAGGAUCAAGGGAAAGAUUAAUGGAGCACAGUACAGAGAGAUCCUUGAUGAAAACCUGCUCCAGAGCACUCAGGACCUCAUACUGGGGAGAAGGUUCACCUUCCAACAGGACAACAACCCUAAGCAGACAGCAAAGACAAUGCAGGAGUGGCUUCGGGACUAAUCUUUGAUUGUCCUUGAGUGGCCCAGCUAGAGCCCGGACUUGAACCCGAUCAAACGUCUCUGGAGAGACCUGAAAAUAGCUGUGUAUAAAGCUCCCCGUCCAAUCUGACAGAGCUUGAGAGGAUCUAGAGAGAAGAAUGGGGAGAAACUCCCCAAAUACAGGUGUGCCAAGCUUGUAGCAUCAUACCCAAGAAAACUCAAAGCUGUAAUCACUGCUAAAGUGCUUAGAAAAAGUACUGAGUAAAGGGUCUGAAUACUUAUGUAAAUGUGAUAUUUAAAUUUUUUAUGUUUAAUUCAUUUGCAAAAUAAAAAGAAAAAAACUGUUUUUGCUUUGUCAUUAUGGGGUAUUGUGUGUAGAUUGGGGAGGGGGGAAAAACUAUGUAAUCCAUUUUAGAAUAAAGCUGUAAUGUAACAAAAUGUGGAAAAAGUGAAGGGGUCUGAAUAGUUUCCGUCUGCACUGUACAGUAUAUAAGAAAUUGCAUUGAAUUAUAAUUACUCUGUUUGCUGUUAUUGUGGUGUCCUGGAUCCUUUUUUUUGGAGUUGCUUUGGACACAAACACACACACACUGAGCGUCAAAACAGGAAGUUCAAUGUCAAUGUUGAUACGACAUUGUUUAUUUCAGCCAAUUACAUAGAAACAAAACAGAAUUAUAUUUAGAAAAAACUGUGGUUGUACGAUCUCAGACUUGUUUAUAUUACAUGUGGAAGUAUGCAGAGAACCAAAAGGCUGAGCUUGGAUUAUUUGCCACUAAACAUGCACUGACAAAAUGUCCUGUUAAGUGGCCUGUUUAUAAGCAGUAUGGUAUGCUUCAGACCCAGAUUUCUAACCCAGCAUUGUCUAGACAGAGAGGGGGAGAGAUGCAUGUUAAGAGGGAAAAUCCCAAACACAGCUCUCUCUCCGUCUUUUCCACUCUCCCCAUCUCUCCCUCCAUCACUAUGCUCCAUGGCCGCCCAUAGAGGAGGGCUCCCAGCAAACUGGGAACAUUCCCAGAACAUUACCUAACAUGCCUAUUAAGGACUUCCGCCGAAGUCAGUUCCUCUCCUUGUUCGGGUGGUGUUCGGCGGUCGACGCCACCGACCUUCUAGCCAUCGCUGAUCCAUUUUUCAUUUUCCAUUGGUUUUGUCUUGUCUUCCUUCACACCUGGUUCCAAUCCCAUCAAUUACAUGUUGUGUAUUCAACCCUCUGUUUCCCCUCAUGUCCUUGUCGGAGAUUGUUUGAUUGUAUGUUAUGUGCAAGUUAUGUUUUUGGUGUGCGACGGGUUAUGUACCCACUUUUAUUAUUUUGUAUAUUUUGUUUUUUGUAGUUUUGUGAGCAGUUAUUAAACGACUCUGUUUAUACCAA